AUGCAGAUAAUCUUGUACGAAGAGAAAAAUUUCCAGGGUCACCACUAUGAUUGUGUCAACGACUGCCCUAAUAUGAAUUCUUAUAUCAGGCGAUGUAAUUCUGUUCGAGUCAUAAGUGGUUCCUGGAUAGUAUAUGAAUGCACAAACUAUAAAGGAUAUCAGUAUUUUCUAAAACGAGGAGAGUAUCCAGAAUUUCAAGACUGGAUGGGAUUUAAUGAUUCCAUCAGAUCUUGUAUAGCUAUCCCACAAUAUAAAGGAUCUUACAGACUAAGGCUUUAUGAAAGAAAUAAUUUUGGGGGAAAAAUGUUGGAAGCAGUGGAUGACUGUCCUUCAGUUUUUGAUCGUUUUAACCACCAUGACAUCCAGUCCUGCAAUGUCUUUGAUGGUUACUGGAUUUUCUAUGAGCUUCCAAAUUAUAAGGGUCGUCAAUAUUGCUUGAGGCCUGGAGAGUACAGAAGGUUUAGUGACUGGGGUGCUCUUAAUGCUAGAGUUGGCUCCUUCAAGAAAAUUACAGAAUUUUCUUAG